CGUCAGCAGAUAUUACAGGACGAGUACCGGAGGGAGCAGGCGGAGGAACAUAGGUUAGCCACAGAGAGGGAGGGGCUUCCUAUAGGGGUUAGCGACAAACAGAAAUUGAAUGAAGAAAGGCAAAGAGAGUACAAUGAAUAUCUUGCUAAGAACAAUCCACAGAGAAGUUUCCGCACAAAAGAGCCGACACCAGAACAUUUACGGCAGGGACUGCCUUUAGAUCAGGGAAAAUAUAAUGAGAAAAAACAUCAACUUGAAAUUGAAAGACAGAGAGAGUAUAAUGAAUUAAUUCAAAAGCAAAGGCAGCAGCAGAAGCAACAACGACAAGAAAGACAACAAUACCCUCAGUCUCAACAACAACCACAACAACAACAACAGCCUUAUGUUGAUAAUCCUAGGUCUCAGGCUGCUGUUACAAGAGGGGGUGACUACCCCACCCAGUAUUCAGGUGGUCAGCAGCAGGGUUUUGACAAUUAUGAGAAAGGCCAGCGUGCUGAUGGUCGCCGGGCUGACGUUCUGGAAGGUAAAGGUGCCACACUUCCUGUCGGUGAAAUAGAUGAAAGGAGACGUCAACAGUUGAUAUCAGAACGUCAACGAGAAUAUAAUGAACAACAACAACAGAAACUGGCGGCUCAAAGACAAAGAGGGUUGCCACCUAAGCCGCCCACUCCAAACCACUUUUUCAAGAAUAUAGGUCAACAUGAUCGGCAACAACAUGUGUUGAAUGAAGAACGUAAGAAGGAGUAUAAUCAAAAAUUGGCGGAGGAAAGAGGAAGAACUGCUGGUGGUAGAGCAAACUAUGAACAAUCUACGGGUCUACAAUUUGGGAAAGCAGAUUCAGCAGAGGUAAGGGUAGGAAAGGAUGUGUAUGCCACAUUGCCAGGUUUACAUUAUACUGAUUCUGCUGAAGCAAGGAAAUUAAAGACGAGGAAUGAGGAAUAUAAUGAAUUUUUACAAGAGAAAAAAUGGAAAGAUGCACAUAGGUUUGAUAAUAAAAAACCUGCUUCUUCAAGAAGACACAGUGAGCCUUCCUCCCCAAGGAGCCCACCGGGUAAAAAGAAAGAGUUUGCUACACUGCCAGGAUUACAUUAUAGUGAUUCAGCUGAUAAAAGGAAAAUGCAAGAAAGAAAUAAAGAAUAUAAUGAUUUUUUAAGUCAGAAAGGAAGGGCUAAGAAAGGUUGGUCAACACCUAGUUAUGAGGAUAUCUUAGAGCAGAAGAGAAGGGAAGAGGCCCUAAGAAGACAAGAUGAUGACUACGAGCCAGCUGAUCCCGGGAUGCGACGGUAUGCGAGUGAAGGUGCUAUAAAUAGAAUAGAGGAUGAUUUUAGAGACAGAGUGCUGGAUAAAGAAUUUGAAGCAAGGAAAGUACGUUUUGAUGACGAAUUCAGGUCUCAAACCCAAAACCAAGGGGGAAUAUUAAAUGAUGAUAAUUGGUUAAAUCCAGAUGUGAGGCGAGAACAAGAAUAUACUCAACUGGAUACAAAUAUAGAUGGGUUAUCUAAUGAUAAGAGUGAACAAGUUAAAGAGGAACCAGAUAUGGCAGCCAGAGUUCGGCAACAACCAUAUUUAGCGAGCUUACCAGUCGGUGGCGCCCCCGGACUAGGUGUUGGACAAGAUGAACGAGAAAGUGCUAAAAGGAGACGACAGUCAGAGCUGCGGCGAGAACUGCAGCUUCAGAUGGAGGAAACAAAGGCAGCGAAAAAAAGAGAGAAAGUUCAAGAGUUGCGUGUAAAUGCAUCAGGCCUUCUUGACCCAGAAAAAUCCUCCAAUAGAAUGAAAGGUCUGGAAGGUCAGCCAGGAAUCAGUCCUCGUAGGGAGUACAGGGCCAGGGAAGUUCAGCCGUACCACACGAAAUUUGUUUUAGAUGACAGCGAAGACCAUGAUGCGCUUGGUCGACGGCCAGGUGAUUAUAAUAGUACUACUACAACAAAUGUAGGUCAGCCCGCACGUCUACAAGGCCUAGGUCUGGGUAAUCUAGGAAGCCUUGGGCUCGGAAGCCCAGAUCACGAUGUUUUGGGUCAGAAUAGGUCCCCUGCACGCACAGCUCCACCCCUUAAGGGUAUUCUGAGCAAUGUGGAUGAGAGAAAUGGGGCGAGAAAUACACUGAGUUCACCACAAAGCCUCACCGAGUUUGGUGAUGAUCUGAGACUUGACUUGGGAGGAGGUGGAGCUCCGAGAGGUAGAAGGCGCGAGCGUGAUCCUGCACUCCUUGAUCCUGGAUACGCUGGACUGCUUGAAUCACGGAGACCGGUUGGUACAGCGAUGCCUCCACCUGGACUCAUGUAUACUCCAUCAUUUCCCAGUGGUGAUCAAGAUAAACGAUUAACAGACAUUCUAGAUGUACCAUCGAUAAACCCCCUGUCUGGGACAUACGUGACAGGAGGAGGAGGUUUAGGUGGUCAGAUGAGCUCAAUAGACGAGGCAUAUAACUUUUUCGCCACAAGAAAUCCUCUCGAUCUGGAUGUUGGAGGUGGUGGGAUAGGAGCCGGCAUACCAAACUAUAACACUGGUGGUGAUUAUGGAGGGGGUGGGGGCUACCAGCGGUCAUCACCAACCCCAAGAGUCACAUUUGCUGAUGAAGGACCCCCAUCAACAAGACGUCGUGACAGAAGUAAGGAGCGUAUAUCACCAUAUCAGUUUGGAGACGAGACUGAACAAAGGUCAAGGUCACGAUCAGAAACACAAAACUAUGGUGCUGAACUGGAACGACAGAUUCAGGCAAAAAGAAUGCAGAAAAUGAGAGAAAAAGAGGAACAAGAAAGAUAUGAUCGUAAGCUAGAAGCUGAGAUAGCUAACUAUAAUCCAUUUGGACGAGGCGGAGCUGGGGCUCCAAUGACAGAUCCAGACACUGGCAAACCUAUAGCUGAUUUGCGAUCAUUGGUACGGGGAGGGAGAGGAGGACCUUACCAGUCACCCAGGGGUAAUUACUCCUCCCCAUCACAUUCUCCUAGACCCCCAUCACCCCGCGAUGACAAGAUUAAAACUCCACCCCCACAGAGUACCGCCUUCGGGGAGGCUACACAUGCCCGAGGUGGACAUGGUAUAUUUGGUCAACCAAAGACAGAGGCCGAGAAAGAUCAAUCAGACAAAUAUAAGGAUGAUCUUCGGGAACAGACUCGAAGAAAGAAUGAAGAACUUAAGAAACAAGCAGACGAUAGAAAGAAAGAAACAGAAAGAAAACGUAGAGAAGCAGAUGAUGCUAAAAUGAGAGAUCAACAAGAACAGCUGGAAAGAGAAAGACAUGAGAGAGAACAGAGAGAAGCAGCCGAUAGAGUUAAAUCUCCUCCUGUUCCAGCCAUGAAAGUAAAGACCAAUGAUGACCGCGGCAAUUCCCCGCCACUGCCUGCCCAACGCAGGGGCCGUGAUUCGGCCGCCUCAAAUAGAUCUCAGAGAUCGCAGAGAUCACAAAGAUCCCAGAGGGGCGAGCAAUCCCCGGCACCAGGGCCUUCACAGACCAGGCCAAAUAGUUCUGAUGUACUGACUCAGUUAGCAUCUAUGAGAAAGCAGUUGCAGAAUGAGAGAAAGAGGGUGGAAAAUGCCUUAGAACAUAGCAAAAAUGAGCCGGAUGUGUUUGAUCCAAGGACUGUACAGAGACCUGCUCCGAACAAGUUAAUAUUUGAGAAUGCUGUCAAUAAGAAUGCCUCACUGCCGCCACCUAGAGCUCAAACCACGGACAUGGCAAACGCUAGAAAUAUACAGCAGUUUAAUGAACUCAAAAACAAAGCUGGUACCGAUUCCCGGCGUCAGUUCCGUAGCAUGUUCCCAGAAGCCCCGGUAACCAACACGACUCUCGAGACACAACAGGAUGCCAUGUUACGACAUCAAGAGGAACAACUCCGCAAUCUUCGAGAAAGAAUAAAUGAGGAAAAAAGGGAGAAAACUCAGAACAGCAUAUUCAGCGAUGACAGUUAUGACCCAAAAAUCCCAUAUAUUGUUGGAGAUCCAUACGAUCCCUCACCGUCAGGCCUGAGUUUCGGUCCGGGUAGACGAGGCAACAUCAGUGCUAGGUCACAAUUAGAGUCAAACAGUGCAUUUAUAGAUGUUGAAGGUGUGAAUCACUUUCCAGAGGAUUUUGAUGAAAUGGUGGGUGCGAGAAAUGACUCAGCACGUGCUAGACGUAGAGCUAAAGAAUACAGUCCAAGGAGAAAGAAUGAGGAAACGUUUGAGGGGAGACUCAAAAAAAACUUGGCCACUGCUGGGGAUGAUAUAUCAACAGCAGACCCAGACGACAUUCUAGAUAGAUUUAUGGCUAAACAGACAUUUAACAGACCACCAUCAGGCAUGACAUUACAAGACGAUACCUGGCUUAAACCGGGCAGCAAAGCUGUAUAGGAGACCAGCCCUUGAUUCACAACAUGCCUUAUAGCUUGUAGGAUAGUCCAUUCAGCUCCAGUCCUCACUGACUGCUCACAUGCUGCAUCUUUACAGACUAAAA